AUUGUAUAAAAAAUAAGAUAAUCAGGUCCCACAUCAUAUAUCAAGUGUCAUAGUGUGAAGCGGAGGUAGGUGCACCAGAUCCUUCAGUUUGGUCUCAAUAGAAAGGUUCGUGAAUUGUGUCUGCACCUACCCAUUUCACGAUUUUCUCUUCUCUGCCAAGAACCGAACUACACCAAGCCAAACCAAAGCAUCAACGUAAAAGUUAAAACAAGGAAUACCAACCCACCUCCUUUUUUUGUUCUACCCAUUAUUUAUAAAUCUGGGGUCUUUUUAUUGGCAGGGUUAGAUAUUGGGGUGGUUGGUUUUAAGAUCAUGGAUUUGGAAUUUUUGCAAUCUGUGGAUGUUCAGAUUCUUGUUGGUGUAGGAGUCGCUGUCUUAGCCAUUGUUGUUGGUGCUGCUUAUCUGUUUUCCUCUAGGAAAUCCAAAGGCUGUCUAGAUCCAGAGAAUUUCAAAGAGUUUAAACUUGUUAAGCGCCACCAGCUGAGCCAUAAUGUGGCAAAAUUCACAUUUGAACUUCCUACUCCUACUUCAGUUUUGGGUCUUCCCAUUGGACAGCAUAUAAGUUGCAGGGGCCUGGAUAGUGAAGGUACCGACGUUAUUAAACCAUAUACACCUACAACAUUGGAUUCUGACGUUGGUUAUUUUGAAUUGGUUAUUAAGAUGUAUCCUCAAGGAAGGAUGUCGCACCAUUUCAGAGAGAUGCAUGUUGGUGAUUGUCUUGCUGUGAAGGGACCCAAGGGACGAUUCAGGUACCAACCUGGUCAAGUUAGAGCAUUUGGGAUGAUUGCUGGAGGCUCUGGCAUUACUCCAAUGUUCCAGGUCGCCAGAGCAAUUUUGGAGAACCCAAAUGACAUGACAAACGUACACCUUAUUUAUGCGAACGUCACGUAUGAGGACAUUCUUUUGAAGGAAGAGUUGGAUAGCCUUGUUGCCAAGUACCCUGGUCGCUUCAAUGUCUACUAUGUUCUGAACCAGGCUCCUGAAGUGUGGGAUGGUGGUGUCGGCUUUGUGUCAAAGGAAAUGAUUCAAACCCACUGCCCUGCACCGGCACAUGAUAUCCAGAUUCUAAGGUGUGGGCCGCCACCCAUGAACAAGGCCAUGUCCGGACACCUUGAUGCUCUUGGAUAUUCACCUGAGAUGCAGUUUCAGUUCUGAUCCCUCUUAGACAAGGUCAAGCUCCACUCAGACUGGUAUUCAUCUUCAUCAAUUCCAGUCAGACUGUUUUUUAUCUUCUUCAUUGAUGCGACCAAAGCCUUUUGUUAUGUACUCAUCUCCUGUUCUAAUUGGAACUUUCCAAUAAUUGGAGCCAAUGGUCUUAAAUUCAGAUGCUUUGAACCAUUAUAAGGAUUUUCCAUUACCCUGUACUGGAAAAUGUGAAAUUUUUUUUAAUAAAGUUAAGCUAA